AUGAAGGCUGUGAGCCAGCAGCAAGCCAGCCAGCUCUUACACAACAAGUUUGUUGUUGUCCUGGGGGACUCGAUUCAGCGCUCAGUGUAUAAGGACAUUGUGCUUCUGCUGCAAAAGGACAAAUAUCUCAGCUUGGCUCAGCUCAAGAGUAAGGGAGAGAUGAGCUUCGAGCAGGACAUCCUGGUGGAGGGCGGACGGCUGGGUCAAAUGACCAACGGGACGGAAUACCGUGAGGUGCGUCAGUUCCGCUCAGACCACCACCUGGUGCGGUUCUACUUCCUGACGAGGAUCUACUCGCGCUACAUGCAGAGCAUCCUGAGGGACUUUGAAGACGGUCUCAAACCAGACGUCGUCAUCGUUAACUCCUGUCUCUGGGACGUCUCCAGGUAUAACCCUAAAUGGCACAAUGAGUACCAGGAAAACCUUCAUAAGCUCUUUGACAAGAUGAACUCCAUCCUGCCUCCUGAAUGUCUGGUCAUGUGGAACAUGACCAUGCCCCUGGGGAAGAGGAUCGUAGGGGGAUUCUUCGUUCCUGAGCUAGAGCACAGGGGCCCAACGCUGUGCUACGACGUGAUCCAGGCCAACUUCUACAGCAGCAAAAUGGCCGACGCCUACGGCCUUGACGUCCUGGACCUUCACUUCCAGUUCCGCUUCUCGCUUGAGCACCGCAUGAAGGAUGGGGUCCACUGGAACUCUCUGGCCCACCGACGCAUCACCACCUUACUGCUGCAACAUGCUGCAGAGGCCUGGGGAGUGGUGCUGCACUGUCCUGCCACUACGAUUGAGCACAUUGAUCAUUCAGAGCAGCAGCAGCUCAAAGCCUACACAAAACCCAUGACCAAGAACACAGUACUGACCCUGCGAUGUAAUUCACCAGUUGCCUGGGCAACGGAGAGGUUUGGACACUAUGACGGAUACGAGCCUCAGGCAAACUAUUUCACUCCCAAUUCAGCAGCUCUAGGAUGGCAUCUUGCUAAAGGCUCGGGCCUUGAACCCUACAGACCAGCUUCGGAUGAACCCUACAGACCAGCUUCGGAUGAACCCUACAGGCCUCUGGAAGGGAAAUACAAUGACUGCGGAGAACAGUUCUACGAGGACGCGCUCGCUGACUACUUCGGCUUCGAGGAGAACCAAGCCAACAGACCGGUCAACAGACGGCCGACUGCCCCAGUGCAUCACAGACACACGGCGGUCUACAGACAUCCCCCAGUCAGACACUCACUGAACAACAGAUGCAGUGAAAAUAACAGGAUGGUCCGGAACAGUACUGGACACUCAGGCCAGUGCAGCAGGCCGGUGCAGCAUAAUGAGGCCUACCACCCCAGACCCUACGUCCCGAGCCGUCCUGAGAACAAGUAUGUGAUGAGGAAGAAACAACCCAGGAAGCACUACGCCCCAUACACAUGCCAGAGAUACUGACUGGAAAGCUCUUACAGGCCAUGUAGCUCUUUGCAAACUAGGACAGAGCUUUUCCUGGUUGGGUUAGGGGGGGAAACUCCUGGCCCUAAGGAGGGAGUGGCACAUUGGGUCAGGACUUUUUCCUGGACCAUGUGUAUAUAGUUUUCAAACUCAUGGUACUUGCUCAUGUAUGGGCAGUGCUUAAAGUUAUUUCAAUUCUGUCAUUUGCUCGUGCCUCACAACUACAUUCCUAGAGGGCUGUGUUGUCUUCUGCUCAAUAGUGUUUUUUUUUUUACUAUUG